CCACUACGGAAUUAAGGGACUUUUUUGCCAAAGCCCGAAACGGUUCAGUUCGGCUCAUCAAGGUCAUCAUUGAGGACGAACAGCUUGUGCUGGGAGCCCACAAAGAGCUGUCCCGGCGCUGGGACGCCGACUACGAUGCCUUCGUGCUGCCCUUGCUGGACGAGCAGCAGCCGUGCUACGUGCUGUACCGCCUGGACAGCCAGAACGCCCAGGGCUACGAGUGGCUCUUCAUCUCCUGGUCCCCCGACAGCUCCCCG